GCAAUCGUUGUAUUACAUAAUCAACGUCUUGGCAAACUGGGCGGAUAAUUAUAAACCAUGAGCUCCCGGUGUGAGCAUUCCUAUUCUAUCAAUGGUUGGCUAACAGAGGCCUCAGACGUCAGCCGACUUCUUGGCGGCUGACUUGCUGGAACCAUUGACAUGGGUGAGGCUGACUGCCUCAUGCGCAUAAGUACCCUAGCCCCUCUUGUCCUGAACUUGGAAGACACGACAAAUGGCUGUCGCUGAAGAUGCGUUCAAACUCCUCGGUAGAGUUGCUGAUGCUUUCGACGAUCCUUCCUCUUGCGAGUCACGCAAAGAAUUCCGCGUAAACACCAUCAAGAUACGCAAGCCCCAGACAAGUCGCUCCAGUCAAGAAAGUCAAGUUCAGCAUGCUUGCUAUGCCCGCCGCGAGCCCUCUUUCUUCGACAUCAGCUAUAUCUACGACGAUGACGAACUCGCCGAUAUGGCAUCGAUGACUGCAAACCGUUCAUGCGCGUCGUCGUCUGAGACAAUCAGAAGCCUCGCCGGAAUCACCUCGCAUGACGAUGCGUUCUAUGCCUGUGAUGAUACCGUUGCCUUGGAUGAAUCACCAUGCAGCGAAAUGACCAAGAUGCUUUCUCCCAGCAGCAGUCCGCUUGAUAGACUCAACAACCUUGCUCGUGCCGAACUCAAGAAGACCGGCUGGUUCGAGCGACCUGACCAGUGGUCCAUCGUCAACAUGGGCCUUUCAAGUCCAAUGACGCACACACGUGGACCCAUAUCUCCCCCAAAAACACCUCCAGCCACCCUCUCGAUUCUCCCCUCCACACUCGCCAUCACCACCGUCCCGCUUCCAUCCUUCGCCCAAAUACCAUCCCCGGAUUCACCCAUGCAGACACAUUCCCCCUCCUCCUUCAAAGCAAGUACCCCAAACGGCAAAUAUAGCUCGAGCUCGCGUGAUAGUUUUCCUGACUUUAGCACGCUAUCGUACGCCCCACGCAGCGAACCCGAGCCACCGAGACGUUUUGGUGUGAGUAGCCGCGUCAAGCAGCUCAUGAAGCGCGUCUUGCACGUUAACGUCGGCGUGCAUCCAAGCAGGAGAUCAAGACAAUCUUUGCUUGUGGGAGUGGGCUUGCGGCCUGCUUCUAUGGCCGGAGCGUCUUCGGGUACGUGGGCGUUUGCUAGUAUUGGAUCUACGCAUACUCAAGCGGGGAACCGAUGGAGUGGGCUUUGGCAUUGAUGUUCGACUCAGAUUCGUUCAUGAUUUCUUUAUUGCAUUAUUUUCUCGAUUACUAUAUUCAAAAUCCUCCUGUUCACUGCAGGCGGUUCUGUGGUUUACGAUCAACUGGUCUUCAUAAGGGUGCAUAUGCUAGAGAUAU